AUGAAGAUAGCAAACGAUUCUGAUUGCACUCCCGAAAGGAGAUUAAAUUCCCUGUUGCAAGAGAAUGAAUUCAACACACAAUUCAAUACAACUAAGUCCACUAAAAGUGUUCAAAGGUUGGACAAUUCUUAUGAUUCCAAUGAAACAUUUCCUAAUUAUGAUAAUUUUGCUGAUUCAUGUGGAAUUAUUGAUAAUAGUGACGAAUCAUUUGUUGAAAUUAACUAUCAUGAUGAACAUGUUGAAGUCCAUAAUAGUGACUCUACUAUCUACAGCGAAGUACAAUCAUAUAAUCCUGUAGAAGACACAUCACCUACGAUCUAUAGCUAUAGACACAGAAAAAAAUCUAUCUUCUCAAGUUUAUUUAAAUUACUGAAAGAAGUAGAUGCGGAAUAUGAAAGGGCAAUAUACAAUACACUGAAGAAUAAUGUACCUCAUUAUAUUCAAGUCCUGUACAUUUUUUACAAAUACGAUAAUUGCAAAUACUUGACUGUAUUAUUUUAA